AGUUCUGGGCGAUAACUUGAAAAUGGCUGCCGGGUGUGGUGAGGGGAACGCGCCGAAAGCCACCGUCACCCCCUUUCUAGUCUUCUGACAGCACCUGCGGCAAAGCGGUUCCUUUCCGCCUCAGCGGUGGGCGCUGUUUUGGGGCCAGGUUGUGAGACGGUAUUGGAGUAAAGAAAACUAUAGCUUUCUGUGAAAAUGUCAGUUCUAAUAUCACAGAGUGUAAUAAAUUAUGUAGAAGAAGAAAACAUUCCUGCUUUGAAAGCUCUUCUUGAGAAAUGCAAAGAUGUUGAUGAGAGAAAUGAGUGUGGCCAGACUCCAUUGAUGAUAGCUGCUGAACAAGGCAAUCUGGAAAUAGUGAAAGAAUUAAUUAAGAAUGGCGCUAAUUGCAAUCUGGAAGAUUUGGAUAACUGGACAGCGCUUAUAUCAGCUUCAAAAGAAGGGCACCUGCACAUUGUAGAAGAACUACUCAAGUGUGGGGCUAAUUUGGAGCACCGGGAUAUGGGAGGAUGGACGGCUCUUAUGUGGGCAUGUUAUAAAGGCCGUACUGAAGUGGUUGAGCUGCUGCUUUCUCAUGGUGCCAAUCCAAGUGUUACUGGUCUGUACAGUGUCUACCCAAUCAUUUGGGCAGCAGGCAGAGGCCAUGCUGAUAUAGUGCAACUUUUACUGCAAAAUGGUGCCAAGGUCAACUGCUCCGACAAGUAUGGAACCACCCCUUUGGUUUGGGCUGCACGAAAAGGUCAUUUGGAAUGUGUAAAACAUUUAUUGGCCAUGGGAGCUGAUGUUGAUCAAGAAGGAGCUAAUUCAAUGACUGCACUUAUUGUGGCAGUAAAAGGAGGCUACACACAGUCAGUGAAAGAAAUUUUGAAGCGAAAUCCAAAUGUAAAUUUAACAGAUAAGGAUGGAAAUACAGCUUUGAUGAUCGCAUCGAAGGAGGGACAUACAGAAAUUGUACAGGAUCUCCUUGACGCUGGGACAUAUGUGAACAUACCUGAUAGGAGUGGAGAUACUGUCUUAAUUGGUGCUGUCAGAGGUGGUCAUGUGGAAAUUGUUCGAGCACUUCUCCAAAAAUAUGCUGAUAUCGACAUUAGAGGACAGGACAAUAAAACUGCUUUGUAUUGGGCUGUUGAGAAAGGAAAUGCAACAAUGGUGAGAGACAUCUUACAGUGCAAUCCUGACACUGAAAUAUGCACAAAGGAUGGUGAAACACCCCUUAUAAAGGCUACCAAGAUGAGAAACAUAGAAGUGGUAGAGCUGCUGCUGGAUAAAGGAGCCAAAGUGUCUGCCGUCGAUAAGAAAGGAGACACCCCUCUGCACAUUGCUAUUCGUGGGAGGAGUCGGAAACUGGCAGAACUCCUUUUAAGAAACCCCAAAGAUGGACGGUUACUGUAUAGACCCAACAAAGCAGGCGAGACUCCCUACAAUAUUGACUGUAGCCAUCAGAAAAGUAUUUUAACUCAAAUAUUUGGAGCCAGACACUUGUCUCCUACCGAGACAGAUGGUGACAUGCUUGGUUACGAUCUGUACAGCAGUGCCCUGGCAGAUAUUCUCAGUGAGCCUACCAUGCAGCCGCCCAUUUGUGUGGGCCUUUAUGCACAGUGGGGAAGUGGUAAAUCCUUCUUACUCAAGAAACUGGAAGAUGAAAUGAAAACUUUUGCAGGACAACAGAUUGAACCUCUGUUUCAGUUUUCAUGGCUUGUGGUGUUUCUGACCCUGCUGCUUUGUGGAGGGCUUGGUUUAUUGUUUGCUUUUACAGUAGACCCAAAUCUUGGAAUUGCAGUGUCAUUGAGCUUCUUGGCUGUCUUGUAUAUAUUUUUUAUUGUCAUUUACUUUGGUGGACGGAGGGAAGGAGAGAGUUGGAAUUGGGCCUGGGUCCUCAGUACUAGAUUGGCAAGACAUAUCGGCUACUUGGAGCUCCUCCUCAAAUUGAUGUUUGUGAACCCACCUGAGCUGCCAGAGCAAACCACUAAAGCUCUGCCUGUGAGGUUUUUGUUUACAGAUUAUAAUAGACUGUCCAGCGUAGGUGGGGAAACUUCAAUGGCUGAAAUGAUCGCCACCCUCUCGGAUGCUUGUGAAAGAGAGUUUGGCUUUUUGGCAACCAGGCUUUUCCGAGUGUUCAAGACUGAAGAUACGCAGGGUAAAAAGAAAUGGAAAAAAACGUGUUGUCUCCCAUCUUUUGUCAUCUUCCUUUUCAUCUUUGGCUGCAUUAUUGCUGGGAUUACUCUUCUGGCUAUAUUCAGAGUUGACCCCAAGCAUAUGACAGUGAAUGCUGUCCUCAUAUCAAUUGCGUCCAUAGUGGGGUUGGCGUUUGUGCUCAACUGUCGAACAUGGUGGCAGGUGCUGGAUUCACUUUUGAAUUCUCAAAGGAAACGCCUCCAUAAUGCUGCCUCCAAACUGCACAAACUGAAGAGUGAAGGAUUCAUGAAAGUUCUUAAGUGUGAAGUGGAAUUGAUGGCCAGGAUGGCAAAAACCAUUGACAGCUUCACUCAGAAUCAGACAAGGCUGGUGGUUAUCAUCGAUGGAUUAGAUGCCUGUGAGCAGGACAAAGUACUCCAGAUGCUGGACACUGUCCGAGUUCUGUUUUCAAAAGGCCCAUUCAUCGCCAUUUUUGCAAGUGAUCCACAUAUUAUCAUAAAGGCAAUUAAUCAGAACCUCAAUAGUGUGCUUCGUGACUCAAAUAUCAAUGGGCAUGACUAUAUGCGCAAUAUAGUUCAUCUGCCCGUUUUCCUCAACAGUCGGGGACUAAGCAGUGCAAGAAAAUUUCUUGUAACUUCAACAACUAAUGGAGAUGUUCCAUGCUCAGAUAAUGCAGGGAUGCAGGAAGAUGCUGACAGAAGAGUUUCACAAAACAGCCUUGGAGAGAUGACAAAACUUGGUAGCAAGACGGCCCUUAAUAGACGGGACACUUACCGAAGAAGGCAGAUGCAGCGCACAAUAACCCGGCAGAUGUCCUUCGACCUCACAAAACUGCUGGUUACGGAGGACUGGUUCAGUGACAUAAGUCCGCAGACCAUGAGAAGACUGCUUAACAUUGUUUCUGUGACAGGACGGUUACUGAGAGCCAAUCAGAUAAGCUUCAACUGGGAUAGGCUUGCUAGCUGGAUCAAUCUAACUGAGCAGUGGCCGUACAGAACUUCAUGGCUCAUAUUGUAUUUGGAAGAGACUGAAGGUAUCCCAGAUCAAAUGACAUUAAAAACCAUAUAUGAAAGAAUAUCAAAGAAUAUUCCGACAACUAAAGAUGUUGAGCCACUGCUUGAAAUAGAUGGAGAUAUAAGAAAUUUUGAAGUGUUUUUGUCUUCAAGGACCCCAGUUCUUGUGGCUCGAGAUGUGAAAACCUUUUUGCCAUGCACUGUAAAUCUAGACCCCAAACUGCGGGAAAUUAUUGCAGACGUUCGCGCUGCAAGAGACCAGAUUAAUAUUGGAGGACUUGCGUAUCCUCCGCUACCUCUGCAUGAGCCUCCCCCUCGACCGCCGUCCGGCUACAGUCAGCCGGCGUCCGUCUGCUCUUCGUCCACCUCCUUCAAUGGGCCGUUUGGGGGAGGGGUUGUGUCGCCACAGCCUCAUAGCAGCUACUACAGCGGUAUGACGGGGCCCCAGCACCCCUUCUACAACAGGCCAUUCUUUGCCCCCUACCUUUACACGCCAAGGUACUGCCCUGGCGGCUCCCACCAUCUCAUCUCACGUCCAUCAGUAAAAACGAAUUUGCCCAGAGAUCAGAGCAAUGGCCUAGGAUCAGGCCCAGCCUCAGGUACAGUGCCACUGAAUUCAAUGAACGUGGAUGCGGUUUGUGAGAAACUGAAACAAAUCGAAGGGCUGGACCAGAGCAUGCUGCCUCAGUACUGUGCAACCAUCAAAAAGGCGAACAUAAAUGGCCGUGUGUUGGCUCAGUGUAACAUUGAUGAACUGAAGAAGGAAAUGAAUAUGAAUUUUGGAGACUGGCAUCUUUUUAGAAGCACAAUAUUAGAAAUGCGAAAUGCAGAAAACCAGGUGGUCCCCGAAGACCCACGUUUACUGAGUGAAAACAGCAGCUCUGUUCCUCACGGUGAACCUGCUCGUCGCUCUGCGCACAGCGAGCUGCCCCACACCGAGCUCUCCAGUCAGGCUCCCUACACCCUGAACUUCAGCUUUGAAGAGCUGAACACGCUCGGCCUGGACGAAGGGGCUCCUCGCCACAGCAACCUAAGUUGGCAGGAAGAAAAUGCUGCCUUUGAGAUAGAUAGAUCUUCCGAGGGAUCCGGUUUAAGCUAAGGUAUGUAAAAAAUGAGUUUUCAAGAUCAUCAGUUUUAAACCACCACUGAAACAGUUCUUACCAAGAAGAGAAUUAAUAUUCUUACCACUUUAAAAAGAAUUAGGGUUAAAAGUAAGACAUAGCUAAAACAGUUGGUAGAAAUCAACAACCACUGUCACCGACAUGGUCAGAGACUUUUAAGUAGAAUGGUAAAGCACAGCCUUGGUUAACGCCAUGCUGCUGUGCCCUGCUCUGGGGGUGAGAGGUUUCUUAAAAGAGCAAGAGCUCUUUGACCAGGUCUGGCUGACUCUGUGGUGAGCUCUGACUCUCCAGUUAGUGAGGCAUUAGAAAAUAAGGAAUUUAUAGGCAUAAGUGGAUCCAUCAAGAAAGGCAAACAAUGAUUUCCAGACUAUUAGUAGAACGGCGACUCAAAGUCAGUAAAACAGUGUGUGGUUUGACCUCCCUGAAGUGAGAACCAACCCAAACUGGCCAGAACUGUGAAUUACAAUGAUACUGUAUAAGAAAAGCAGUGGGACUGUCUUGGGGUCCACAGAAUGUUCUGACAAUGUUUAUACAUGGUGAUCAGCUUGUUUAUAGAGACUACAGUUAGGUCCUUCGUUUCCUGAGGUUAAUAUGCUUUGUGUAAUGUUACUUCCCGCCUGCCUAUGCAGGAGACGUAAGAGAUGCGGGUUUGAUCCCUGGGUCAGGAAGAUCUGGAGAAGGGCAAGGCAACCACUCCAGUAUUCUUGCCUGGAGAAUCCCAAUGACAGAGGAGCCUGGCGGGCUACAGCCCAUAGGGUUGCGGAGAGUUGGACACAACUGAAGUGACUUAGCAUGUACAGUGUUCUUUACACCAGUGACAUAUAAUAUGAGCCCUUUCUUAGUUUUGCCCGGAUUUAACAAAACACAAAGCAAUCUUAUCAAAUGAUUAUUAGAACUUGAAUAAAAUUUUACUUUAAAAAAACAUUGAACUCCAUGCUCCCUGUUACUCAAAUUGAGUUGCUUGAAAUAAGAUCAUCUUGAUUACCCACCAUCGUUCUCUUGAUUUUAACAUGUGUUUUAUACUUAUUUGCCUCAUUUUCUUUCAAGGCAACAGGGGCUCUAGAUCUUAGUACCCUGCUCAUAGACCAUUCCUUCUGACAAUUCGGUUACCUUCUCACAGUUGUUGGCUCCUCACCAAAUACAAGGGGGUAAAGAAGAGACCACCUACUACUCAGUGAUCCUGCUUCCGGUUGGUUGGAGAAGAGAGAUUUGUCACUUCUGCCAGUUUUCUUUGUUCCACAUAGUUGUAAAAUUUGAAUUCAUUUUAAUGAAGUGUUUCUUUUAGAAAAUUUUAGGUAAAAGCCUGAAUGUAUAGCAAAAUGCAUGUAAAUAAACUCCUAUAUAACUUGGCAUUUCUUAUAUCAUCUUCUUGGUCAAGUGUCUAAUAAAAAGUUAGACUGUUACUUUCAAAAUUACCAUAGUUCCUGACACUUGCACUCUUUAGUUGUGCUUCAGAGAAUUUAUAGACUGUAUAUUGUUAUACUUAAUGCAAAUUAAACUUUUUAUUUUUAAAGAAUUUAUUUUCUUUUUGAGUUCUUUGUGUUUUUCCCGUUUUACCUGAGUUUUACCUGAGUUCACUAUUUUGUGUCUUAAGUUUUUUUGUUGUUGUUGUUGUCAUGUGUUCAUCCAUUUUACCAUAAAACACUCCUUAGAGUAUUAGAAUGGGAAAGAACCUCAAGAAUGCCUGGAUUUCAGAUAGCCAGGGGACACACAGUCAGUACUUCAUAAGGGAGUGAAUAAGGAAUACCUGAACUAGGAGAGUUUGCCCACAAAUCCUAAAAAUACUGAAUUUGAAUGCCUUCAGACAGUAUGUUUAUGCUGUAGUUCCUUACAGACCUUGCCCUCCCCUCCAUUCAAUACAAUGAAUGGUGUUGUCAUUUUAAUAAUAUUAAGUUCUCCCCCACUUCCCUAUCACCUUAUACCACCUGCUACCUGUCUGACUAUAUAAACUUUUCUGUUUAUGACUGGGAAUUUUUCAGGACAUGAUAUCAUACAUUGCUAAAAACUCUCAGGGAAGAAGACCCACGGCCCAUCUUGAUGAAUGUUGUCAUGGUUAAGUGCCAGGCAGUCUGCUCUGUGUGGAUGUAUUUUAGCCUCCGUGUGCCUUAGCCUUUUGUCUAGUCCUUUGUGGAGAUGCCCGUCUUAUAAAUUAAUUACAGAAUCAAAAUGGUUCAGUUCGACAUUUUACUUCAGGAUACUGAAGAUAUUUUUACGUAUAUCUUUGCAACAAUGAGCAUGUUUUCCCUGAGCCCAAGUUGCCCAUGUCGUUACAGUGGGGGUAGAUAACAUCAAGACCAUCCCCCACCCCAAAUCUGAUACCUAGGUUUACCCUUUCUCCAGCUCAAAUUUUAAAUGCUUUUGUUUCCCCCUGGUAGGGACAGUUAUUAUUUUCAUUGACUACUGCUCAUUGCUGUCUCUCAUUCCUUAUCUCAGGCUCACCACUCUGAUAAAUUUGAACUAGAAUACAUAAAUUAUACUGGGGUUCUGUGCUGAAUGUUUUAUAUUUGAGUGGGCCAUUUUGUGUGGAUUGAAAAUUUCUUUAUUAAGGUAGGCUAACCACUGUUCCAACCACCUCAAAAUCUCAUGGACUUAAUACAUUUGAGGUUUGUUGAUUGUUCCUGUAACAGUUCAGUGUUCCCUAAGUUGACAAAGAUUCAGGAGCCCAGGCUUCUUCACUUUGUGGCUCCACCAGCUUCCAAGGCUGAAUCCAGGGUCCUUUGCCCCAUCUUCUGUGUUCUGUUGAUACAAGGGGAGGAGAGAGGGGCGAGGCCCACACAAGGGAAGUUUAUAUCGUCCAGGUAUGGAAGUAGUGUUUGCACAUUCCACUGGCCUUCCUAGGCCCCUGGUUGUGCUGAGCUGCAAGGGUGGCUGCGGAAUUUGAACUGUAUGCCCUGGAGGAGGAGCGAGUGUUUUGGUAGCUCAUGGGCAUCUUCCCACGUAGAUACCUGACAUGGAUGUUCCGGAUUCAACACUGUGUCGCAUCUUGUUUUCAACUUCAGUCACAGUAUUUUUUUUUUAAGGCAUCUCUUAAUUUUUGCUUUGUAUGCAGUUUUCAUGCUGGUAAGGAAGUCUAUUAAAAUCGUAACACCUAGCCUGGAAGAUUGUAGGAUUUUAAGGUAAUUUUCAACUGGUUAUUUCCAUACAUCUGAGGAACUUUGCAAGUUUCUAAUAUUGAGCAGGCUGCAGGGAGAAUUAAGCAAGGUUAAGAAUGAAAAGAAUCAAGUUUCACAAUUUCUCUAGAAUCCUUUUUUAUCCAAAGACUCAGACCAUCCAUAAUCUUCCUGAUUCUUAAAAUUUGAUUACAGAGCAAGACUCUGUUGCAAGAAUCUAUCCUUUCAACAUGCUUCCUCCUGGAAGAGCGGCAACUGGACCUGGUUGCUUCUCCUUGUGCCAGGCAGAUGUGGCAGGACGUGGUCCUGGGAGGCCCCUGCUCCCAGCACAGGGACUGGGUGUUAAACAGAAGCUGAACUUCUGUUAGUGCGCACUCCCAUCUGAGAAAUGCAGCUCCCACACUUAGAAAGCAGUGCGAAAAUAAGACUUUAUGUUUACCAUUUUGUUUUUAAACAGAUUGGUCUGCAAUCUAACUCUGUUGACCACUUUCCAGUUUUUUUGUUUUUUCCUAUUGGUAUUUCAUCAAUUUCAAGGUACAGUUUUUCACACCUUGACUUUUCUGAAAUAUCUUCCAUAACACCAAUGGGAACAUUAAUGUUCCCAUUUUUCCUUCAGUGUUUCCUAAACUAGUGACACAUCCCACAGUUGAUGGAGUCUUGUUUGGAUUGAUGAGACAAGAUAUUAUUUUAUGCUGUGGUCACGGUGAAUUGUAUCUUUAGCAAUAGUAAUGGACUAGUGAUGGUUUAUAGUCAACUGAUCCCCCAAAUUGAACAUUUGAUGUUGAAUAUUUGUUUUAUCAGUUGUUAGUUCUGUAUUAAUUUUGGAUAGUUACACAUUUAUUAUAAUUUAAAAGUUUACAUUUAUUGAACACAUAUUCCUCAUAUUGCUCUAUAAUCUCUAUAUGUACACAAACUAAUCUCCACAACUUCAUGAAUUAAUUACUGUUAUCCUCAAUUGACAGACUGAAAAACUGAGUAAUUUCCCAAGGUCAUACAGCUUCUAAGUGGCAGAGCUAGGGUUCAAGCCCAGGCAGUGGACUUCAGAAGGCCCACUCUUAUAUUACAUUUAUCUGCAUUGUUCUUUAGCUAAUUGGGGAUGAGUCAAUUUUUAUACUUCUCUCAAGAUAACACUUCAACUAUAACUUAAUUUGCUGUACCAUUACCAUUGUCUACUUGUUUUAAAAUAGGGUUUGGGGUUUACGAAAAAGUCUUUUAAAAAAAUCUAUAGCCAUGUAAAUUACAUAUAUAAGGAAAAUUUUUUUUUAAACAUCAAACAUCUUUAUUCCUACUAGUUAUUUUGGAAAAUGUUUAAUUUUUGGUUUAAAAAUCUUUAACUUUUCUUUUUUUUUAACAUGCUUUACCCCAUUAUUCAUGGAUUAGACCAUCACAUUAAAGUUGUACAUAGUGCUGGAUAUAUUAAUUUUAUUUGCAGUCUUGUUAUAUGACUUUCAUAUAGUUGCUCUUCUAUAUGCCUAUUGUCAGUAUUCUGUGUUAGAUUGCAAUCUUAAAUACCACUAUAUGUAUUUUUCUUUAUAUUCUAUUAUUAAAAGUACUAAUACCUAAUAAAUGUUAAUAGAUAA